AUGAGCGCCGCCGAGGAGACCAAGCCCAUCGAGGCUGUUGCCGCCGAGGCGCCCGUCACGGUCGAGGAGCCUGCACAGGUUCAGGAGACUGCUACGGCCGAGGAGAAGCCCGAGAUCAAGCCCGCCGAGUCCGAGGCAAAGGAGGCCGACAUCAUCAAAACGACCGCCCAGAUCGACCAGAAGACCCACGCCAACAAUGUCAAGUUUGACCCCUCUCUCCUCAAGGAGACAGACGAUCCUGUUGAGAUCCGCAAGCAGGUCGAGUUCUACCUGUCGGACAGCAACCUUCCCCACGACAAGUUCUUGUGGGAGCUUGUUGGAGGAUUCGACAACAAGCCUAUCCCCCUUAAGACCAUCACCAACUUCAAGCGCAUGCGCCGCUUCCAGCCCUACUCUGCUGUCGUCGCUGCGUUGAAGGAGAGCACGCAGGUCGACAUUGCUGGCGAGGAGGGCGAGGAGACUAUCCAGCGCAAGCAGGCUUACACCUCUGGUAACGACAAGUUCAACGCCCGCUGCGUCUACGUCAAGGGAUUCGGAGAUGAGGAGCCUACUACCCAAUUCGACCUCGAGUCCUUCUUCCAGCAGUAUGGACCCAUCAACUCCGUUCGUCUCCGCCGCACCAACGAGAAGCUCUUCAAGGGCUCCGUCUUUGUCGAGUUCCCCGACGAGGAGGCGGCUCAGAAGUUCCUCGCUCUGGACCCCAAGCCCAAGUGGAAGGAACACGACCUGAAGAUGAUGCCCAAGAUUGACUACGUGAAGGAGAAGUCCGCUCUCAUCCUCGCCGGCAAGCUCGAGCCCAACACCUCCCGCCGAUUCUUCGAGGGCAAGGAGGGUGAUAGCCGCGGUGGCCGCGGUGGUCGCGGCAGAGGUGGCCGUGGCGGUAACUUUGGAAACGACGACUGGAAGCAGCGCCGCGACCACGACCAGAAGAACGGCUUCAGGGGUGGCAGGGGCGGACGCGGUGGACGCGGCCGUGGCCGUGGUGGUGACCGCCGUGGUGGCCGUGGUGGACGUGACAACCGAGAGAACCGUAGGGAUCCCAACGAGGUCACCAACGACCGCAACGCUGGCAAGCCUACCAUCCAGGCUACGAACGGCAACGGUGAGGCCGUCGCGGAAGACAAGAACAGCAACGGCAAGCGCGGACGCGAGGAGGACGGCGCCGCCCAGCCUGAAGCGAAGAAGGUCGACACCAAGACCGACGUCGCCGCAUAG